GCCGGCCGCCUCCGCGUCCCGUGCGCCCCUCUGUUGAGGCCGGCGCCCCUGCCCUGCGCCGCUGUCCGCGCCCGCCGCCCGCCCGGCGCUCCCGGCGACCGUGACCCUGCCCCGGGCGCGGGGAGGAGCGGGCAUGGCCCGCCGGGGGGCCGCCGCGCUGGCGCUGGCUCUCGCGCUGCUGGCGGUGGCCCUGGCCGGGGCCGCGGCCCAGGGCGCAGCCGUCGAGGACCCCGACUACUACGUGCAAGAGAUUUGGAGCCGGGAGCCUUACUACGCGCGCCUGGAGCCCGAGCCCUUCUCGCCGCCGCUGCCCGCGGGGCCCGGCGAGGAGGAGCGGAAGCUGCGUGCGUCCGAGCCCAGGCCGCCCAAGAAGGCGACCAAGCCCAAGAAAGCUCCCAAGACGGAGAAGUUGGCUCCGGAGACGCCCCCGCCAGGUAAAAAGAGCAACAGAAAAGGCGUGAAAGCCAAGAGCUCUGAGAAGGCUGCCGGUGAUGAUUACAGAGUCCCUGUGGCCCGUGACGCUGUCAGAGAGGGUUGCCCGCCUCUUGGUCUGGAAACCUUAAAAAUCACAGACUUCCAGCUCCACGCGUCCACUUCGAAGCGCUACGGCCUGGGGGCGCAUCGGGGGAGACUCAACAUCCAGGCAGGUAUUAAUGAAAAUGAUUUUUACGACGGGGCGUGGUGCGCGGGAAGGAACGACCUCCAUCAGUGGAUUGAAGUGGAUGCCAGACGUCUGACCAAGUUCACUGGUGUCAUCACUCAAGGGAGGAACUCGCUCUGGCUGAGUGACUGGGUAACGUCCUAUAAGGUCAUGGUGAGCAAUGACAGCCAUACAUGGGUCACUGUUAAGAAUGGAUCUGGAGACAUGAUAUUUGAAGGAAACAGUGAAAAGGAGAUUCCUGUCCUCAACGAGCUGCCCGUCCCCAUGGUGGCACGCUACAUCCGCAUAAACCCACAGUCCUGGUUCGAUAAUGGGAGCAUCUGCAUGAGGAUGGAGAUCCUCGGCUGCCCGUUGCCAGAUCCAAAUAACUAUUAUCACCGACGGAAUGAAAUGACCACCACCGAUGACCUGGAUUUUAAGCACCACAGCUAUAAGGAAAUGCGUCAGUUGAUGAAGGUCGUGAAUGAAAUGUGCUCCAACAUCACCAGGAUUUACAACAUUGGCAAGAGCCACCAGGGCCUGAAGCUGUACGCCGUGGAGAUCUCCGACCACCCUGGGGAGCAUGAAGUUGGUGAGCCCGAGUUCCACUACAUCGCGGGAGCCCAUGGCAACGAGGUGCUGGGCCGGGAGCUGAUGCUUCUGCUGAUGCAGUUUCUGUGCCAGGAGUACUUGGCCCGGAACUCGCGCAUCGUCCGCCUGGUGGAGGAGACCCGGAUCCACAUCAUCCCCUCCCUCAACCCCGACGGCUAUGAGAAGGCCUACGAGGGGGGCUCGGAGCUGGGAGGCUGGUCCCUGGGACGCUGGACCCAUGACGGAAUUGACAUCAACAACAACUUUCCUGACUUAAACACACUGCUCUGGGGGGCAGAGGACCGACAGAACAUCCCACGGAAAGUUCCCAAUCACUAUAUUGCAAUCCCUGAGUGGUUUCUGUCUGAAAAUGCCACGGUGGCAGUGGAGACCAGAGCCGUCAUAGCCUGGAUGGAAAAGAUCCCCUUCGUGCUAGGUGGCAACCUACAGGGUGGGGAGCUGGUGGUGGCCUACCCUUAUGACAUGGCGAAGUCCACGUGGCAGAUGCAGGAGCACACUCCCACGCCUGACGACCACGUGUUCCGCUGGCUGGCCUACGCCUACGCCUCCACUCACCGCCUCAUGACGGAUGCCAGGAGGAGGGUGUGCCACACGGAAGACUUCCAGAAAGAGGAUGGGACUGUCAAUGGGGCUUCCUGGCACACUGUGGCUGGAAGUCUCAACGAUUUCAGCUACCUUCACACAAACUGCUUCGAGCUGUCCAUCUAUGUGGGCUGUGAUAAAUAUCCGCAUGAGAGCGAGCUGCCUGAGGAGUGGGAGAAUAAUCGGGAAUCCUUAAUUGUGUUCAUGGAGCAGGUUCAUCGGGGCAUCAAAGGCCUGGUGAGGGAUUUGCAUGGAAAAGGAAUUCCAAAUGCUGUUAUCUCCGUAGAGGGCGUUAACCAUGACGUCCGAACAGCCAGUGACGGGGAUUACUGGCGCCUUCUGAACCCCGGAGAGUACAUGGUCACGGCCAAGGCAGAAGGUUUCACCUCGUCCACCAAGAACUGCAUAGUCGGCUAUGACAUGGGGGCCACACAGUGCGACUUCACACUCAGCAAAACCAACCUGGCCAGGAUCAGAGAGAUCAUGGAGAAGUUCGGGAAGCAGCCCGUCAGCCUGCCAGCCAGGCGGCUGAAGCUGCGGGGGCGGAAAAGACGACAGCGCGGGUGACCUCCCAACUCUUGAGUCAUGUCCUGGACCCCUGCAAAUUAAACCACCCUGGUUGUAGCUCCAUAGAGGACUCACUCCUCAUUGUUUUCUCUGUAAUUCAAGAAGGCCUGGGAGUAUGUGUACGUUGCAAAGGCUGGUCCUGAGGGGAGGCUUAGGAUAGUUUCUUUGUUCCCAUUUAUCCAAAUAACUUGGGCAGGGCAGCAGAGGAAGGCUGGUGGGAGGAUUCAGCAAGUCAUCCUGGGAGUCUGAGAGAGAGAGAGAGGAGCUUGCCUGUUGAGGGCCUUCUGGCCGUACAGGAAGGGAAACUGGUGCUUUUCCUGUUUGCGUGACAGCAAGAGUUCCCCGUGCAUUUGCAAUUUGCAUGGCUAAAAUGGCAGCAUUCCCAGGGCUCUGCUGUCCCAAAUGUUACCAUUCGAGAUGCUCAUGGGCAUCCUAAGAGAAUCUACCCUCUCUGGCCCCAGGACAUUCCAAGCUGCUGCAGAUAAACCCUGCACUCUGUUGACAAUAGAGACAUUACUAAGUGAGCAUCAGCUUACUGAUGAUGCUCUUGAAUCAGCUUAGUUUCCCUUUCAACAAAGGAUCACGCACAUAAAGGAAGAGAAAGGCUGAAAUAAUUCAAGAGUGAGUGUGGGCAGCAGACAUGCUUUGGGGCUCCUGGCGUGCAGUGGGGUCCACAGAGAACUCCCCCAACUUCCCGCUGCAGUAGCGCUGGGGGCUCCCUGGGUGGGGAGAGCAGGAGGUGCCCACCUCCCUGAGGAACCAGAGCAGUUAGCCUGGCUCUCCUCUUUGACCUGCUAGGACUUGAAAAGAGCUGGAAGAAGGCUGACUGUCAGCCCUCUCUGUUCAAUAUAGUCCUCCUUUCCUGGAAGCAAGCACUCCUAAGCUGGCCGACAUCACUCCGGGAGUUAUAUUUGGUGUGUGAGAUGCCAGACCAUCCAGAUUAGACUGAGUUUGAUGAAAAGCUCUUGGAAUUAUGUGUGAGCAUCCGUGUGAGAGGGGUUAUUGAAUUGCCAUGCAAGAAAACAGUUCUUCUCACUUUGUAUUAAUGUUGCUGCCUCACUGACCUGGGAAGAAUAGAAAAAUAAAGAAAGCAAACGGUGAGCUCCUUC